UUAUGUCAGAAAUAGAGGAAAUAAAUUUAGAGUAAAAUACUUAAAAGGAUAGAUAAAAGAGACAACAAAAUAAAACAGGAAAUAAUAGAAAACCCAUUAGAAAAUUCAAUAGAUAGAAUAAUUCUUUUUAAUUUAGAAAUAGAGAUAGAGAUCGACCAAGAUAAAAGGAAUGGAAAUAAUAAUAAUAAUAGAAUAGUGGAAAUAAUCCAGAAUUAUAUGAAAUUGAUAUCUAUAAUUUUUUAGCUAAGAACUAGAUCUCAGAUCUCAUAGUAAUUGAUUGGUUAAUUUUAGAGUGAUAUAAAAACAAGAUGUGGUGAAUUAGUAAAACUUCAUAUUGUUGCAAAUAACAUUUAAGAAAAUGAAGCUGAAACAAGAGUAUAAUUUAAUAAUAUAAACAGAUUAUUCUAAAAGCUUUCUUUAAGGAUUAAAAAUCUGCUGAUGAAUGUUAUUUUUAAUAUAGAGAUGCCACUCUAGAUCAAUUGCAAUUAAGGACUGAGCGUAAAUAUUGAUGU